AUGUCAACACUUAGUGAUAGUGAUACCGAGACUGAAGUCGUUUCGAGGAACUUAUGCGGAAUCGUCGACAUAGGUUCCAAUGGUAUUCGUUUUAGUAUAUCUUCCAAGGCCGCGCAUCAUGCAAGAAUCAUGCCUUGUGUUUUCAAAGAUAGGGUUGGUCUUUCUCUAUACGAAGUUCAAUAUAACACACAUACGAACGCGAAAUGCCCGAUCCCUAGAGAUAUUAUAAAAGAGGUUUGUUCUGCCAUGAAGAGAUUCAAAUUAAUUUGCGAUGAUUUUGGUGUACCUGAAACUAGUGUUAGAGUAAUCGCGACAGAAGCUACCCGAGAUGCUAUCAACGCAGAUGAGUUUGUUAAUGCUGUUCACGGUAGUACUGGCUGGAAAGUGGAAAUCUUAGGCCAAGAAGACGAAACUAAAGUCGGCAUAUAUGGUGUUGUUUCCUCAUUCAACACAGUAAGAGGUUUAUACCUAGAUGUGGCUGGUGGUAGCACUCAAUUGUCAUGGGUGAUAAGCUGCAAUGGAGAAGUCAAACAAUCAAGCAAACCUGUAUCUUUACCAUAUGGAGCUGGAACUCUUUUGAGAAGAAUGAGAACAGAUGAUAAUAGGGCACUUUUUUAUGAGAUUAAAGAAGCAUACAAAGAUGCGAUUGAAAAAAUUGGUAUCCCUCAAGAAAUGAUUGAUGACGCUAGGAAAGAAGGUGGAUUUGACCUUUGGACGCGUGGGGGUGGUUUAAGAGGUAUGGGGCAUCUACUUCUUUACCAGUCAGAGGGUUAUCCCAUCCAAACCAUAAUUAAUGGAUAUGCUUGCACUUAUGAAGAAUUCUCGUCUAUGUCAGAUUAUCUAUUUUUAAAACAAAAAAUACCAGGUUCUUCCAAAGAUCACAAAAUAUUCAAGGUUUCCGAUAGAAGGGCUUUACAACUCCCUGCCGUUGGUUUAUUCAUGAGUGCUGUUUUUGAAGCAAUCCCUCAGAUUAAAGUUGUACAUUUUAGUGAAGGUGGUGUUCGAGAGGGUUCGCUUUAUUCCCUUCUUCCAAAAGAAAUUCGUGCACAAGAUCCAUUGCUAAUUGCGUCCCGUCCUUAUGCUCCACUACUUACUGAAAAAUAUUUAUACCUGUUGAGAACAUCAAUUCCACAAGAAGAUAUACCAAAAAUAGUAAAUGAAAGGAUUGCACCCGCUUUAUGCAACUUAGCAUUUGUUCAUGCCUCUUAUCCGAAAGAGCUACAACCAACAGCUGCAUUACAUGUUGCCACAAGAGGAAUAAUAGCCGGCUGCCAUGGAUUAUCUCACAGAGCUAGAGCGCUGAUAGGAAUUGCUCUAUGUGGUAGAUGGGGUGGCAAUAUACCGGAAUCUGAAGAAAAAUACUCUCAAGAAUUAGAACAAGUAGUUUUACGCGAAGGUGAUAAAGACGAAGCACUGAGAAUUGUAUGGUGGACGAAGUAUAUUGGUACAAUUAUGUAUGUGAUCUGCGGUGUUCAUCCAGGUGGUAAUAUCAGAGAUAACGUAUUUGAUUUCCAUGUCUCUAGACGUAGUGAAGUGGAAACUAGUUUGAAGGAAUUGUUCAUUGAUGAUGCAACUGCUUCAAAGGUAAAAGAAGAAUCUACGCGUAAAAACCGCGGAUACGAAGUAGUCGUGAGAAUUAGUAAGGACGAUCUUAAAACAAGUGCUUCCGUUCGUUCCAGAAUCAUCACUUUACAAAAGAAAGUACGCAAAUUAUCUAGAGGAAGUAUAGAGAGGGUCAAAAUUGGCGUGCAAUUUUAUGAAGAAUGA